GGGCUAGCUGCUGCCGCCGCUGUCCCCCCCGAGUUAUUUGGGGGCUGCCCUCUCCUCCCGGCGAGUCCAUUCCUCGGUCCCCCGCCGUCCCUGGCGCUGCCCUGCGCGGCUCCAGAGCCUCCCGUAUUGUUUGCCUGGGUCUCUAAUGGCGGACGGGGAGGCAGCGCUGCCGGCCGCCGACUGCAGGGGGGGCCAACCCCAGGCCCGGGGCAACUGCUUGGGGCAGAUAGGACCAAGAAUCGCCUCCAACCCCUCUCUGGUGCAGCUUUGGCCAAAACUACGGAGGAGUGUCCCCCAUUGUCCUCUGGAAUGGACACAAGUUCAGUGGGAGGAUUAGAAUUGGCGGAACAGACUCCUGUUUUAUUAGGGACUACAGCCAUGGCAACUAGUCUCACAAAUGUAGGAAAUUCAUUUGGAGGUCCAACUAAUUCUUUAGUUUCUAGAUCUAAUAAGUUUCAGAACACAUCAGUAGAAGAUGAUGAUGAUGUUGUUUUUAUUGAACCUAUACAACCCCCACCAACUGCUGCCCCAGUGGUAUCUGAUCAAAGAAACAUCACAUUUACAUCAUCAAAAAAUGAAGAGCAACAAGGAAAUGAUUCUAAGCUUUCUUCCUCAAAAGAUUUGACUUCUCAGAAGGGAAGUAUAAGUGAGACAAUUAUCAUUGAUGAUGAAGAGGACAUUGAGACAAAUCAAGGGCAAGAGAAAAAUGCUUCCAGUUUUAUUGAACGGAGACUUCCUGAGACUAAAAACAGAACCAAUGAUUUGGAUUUCUCAGCUUCCAGUUUUUCAAGAAGUAAGGUAAAUGCAGGAAUGGGUAAUAGUGGUAUCACCACAGAACCAGACUCUGAAAUUCAGAUUGCUAAUGUUACUACAUUAGAAACAGGUAUAAGCUCAGUGAAUGAUGGCCAAUUAGAAAAUACUGAUGGGCGUGAUAUGAACUUAAUGAUUACACAUGUAACAUCACUGCAGAAUACCAACUUGGGAGAUGUCUCUAACGGACUGCAGUCAAGUAAUUUUGGUGUUAAUAUACAAACAUACACCCCAUCUUUAACUUCACAGACCAAGACUGGAGUAGGACCUUUUAAUCCUGGUAGAAUGAAUGUGGCAGGAGACGUUUUUCAGAAUGGAGAAUCUGCAACUCAUCAUAAUCCUGAUUCCUGGAUCUCUCAGUCAGCUUCAUUUCCCCGAAACCAGAAGCAACCUGGGGUGGAUUCUUUGUCACCAGUGGCCUCACUUCCUAAGCAGAUUUUCCAACCUCCUUCACAACAGCAACCUACAAAGCCAGUUAAAGUUACUUGUGCAAACUGCAAAAAACCUUUGCAGAAAGGACAGACUGCUUAUCAACGAAAAGGAUCUGCUCAUCUAUUUUGUUCUACUUCUUGUCUUUCCUCUUUCUCACACAAGCCUGCUCCAAAGAAACUCUGCGUCAUGUGCAAAAAAGAUAUAACAACAAUGAAAGGUACCAUUGUUGCUCAAGUGGAUUCAAGUGAAUCCUUCCAGGAAUUCUGUAGUACUUCAUGCUUAUCACUCUAUGAAGACAAACAGAAUCCUUCAAAAGGACUCUUAAAUAAAUCAAGAUGUACAAUCUGUGGCAAACUAACAGAGAUUCGCCAUGAAGUAAGCUUUAAAAACAUGACGCAUAAGCUCUGUAGUGACCACUGCUUUAAUAGAUAUAGAAUGGCAAAUGGCUUAAUAAUGAAUUGCUGUGAACAGUGUGGCGAGUACUUGCCUAGCAAAGGUGCUGGCAACAAUGUCCUUAUCAUUGAUGGCCAGCAGAAAAGAUUUUGCUGCCAAAGCUGUGUCAGCGAAUACAAACAGGUAGGUAGUCACCCCAGCUUCUUGAAGGAGGUUAGAGAACACAUGCAGGACUCCUUUCUGAUGCAGUCAGAGAAAUACGGCAAAUUGACAGCUUGUACUGGUUGUAGAACUCAGUGCCGGUUUUUUGAUAUGACUCAGUGUAUAGGUCCCAAUGGAUAUAUGGAACCAUACUGUUCAACUGCUUGCAUGAACACGUACAAGACAAAAUAUGCAAAAUCACCAAGUGUGGGAAUCAUUUGUCACUUUUGUAAGCGAAAUUCUUUACCUCAGUAUCAAGCCACAAUGCCUGAUGGAAAACUGUACAACUUUUGCAAUUCCAGUUGUGUAGCUAAAUUUCAGACUCUUAGUAUGCAAUCAUCCCCAAACGGUCAGUUUGCAGCACCAAGUGAUAUUCAGUUGAAGUGCAGUUAUUGCAAAAAUUCCUUUUGUUCCAAACCUGAGAUUCUGGAAUGGGAGAACAAAGUAUAUCAGUUCUGCAGCAAAACAUGUUCAGAUGACUAUAAAAAGUUGCAUUGCAUUGUUACAUAUUGUGAAUACUGCCAAGAGGAGAAGACCUUGCAUGAAACAGUAAAUUUUUCUGGAGUAAAGAGGCCAUUCUGUAGUGAAGGCUGCAAACUACUUUAUAAACAAGAUUUUGCAAGACGUUUAGGAUUGAGAUGUGUUACUUGCAAUUAUUGUUCCCAGCUUUGUAAAAAGGGAGCAACUAAAGAACUUGAUGGUGUGGUGAGAGAUUUCUGCAGUGAAGAGUGCUGUAAAAAAUUUCAAGAUUGGUAUUAUAAGGCUGCAAGGUGUGACUGUUGUAAAUCACAAGGAACUCUUAAAGAACGUGUGCAGUGGCGUGGGGAAAUGAAGCAUUUCUGUGAUCAGCACUGCCUAUUGCGCUUCUACUGUCAGCAAAAUGAACCUAACAUGGCAACCCAAAAAGGACCUGAAAACUUACAUUAUGACCAGGGGUGCCAGACUCCACGGACAAAAGUGAUGAGUUCUGCACCACCUCCUUCUCCUACACCUAACAAAGAGAUGAAGAACAAAGCAGUUCUUUGUAAACCUUUGACAAUGACAAAGGCCACAUAUUGUAAACCUCACAUGCAAACAAAAUCUUGUCAGACAGAAGACAGUUGUAAGACAGAAUAUGUUCCAGUUCCUAUCCCUGUACCUGUUUAUAUCCCAGUGCCCAUGCAUAUGUACAGUCAGAACAUUCCUGUUCCUACAACUGUUCCUGUUCCAGUACCAAUACCUGUAUUUUUGCCUACUCCAUCUGAGAGUAAUGAGAAAAUUCCUGUAACAACUCCUGUAGUAACUGAAGAGUUAGAGAGUAAAGUAUGUUCAGAUCCCCUUGGUAGUGAGCUGCUUACAAUGACAGCAGAUAUGAUGGCUGAGGAGGAAGAAAAAACCGAAGCUACUGAAAUUAACAGUGUAAUUCUUGAAACAGAUGUAAUAGUAGAUACAGAUGCCAUGAAGAAUUCUGACACAGAAACACAAGCAAGUAUGCCUGAUGUUCCAUAUGAACCAGACCUUGACAUUGAAAUUGAUUUUCCUAGAGCUGCUGAGGAGCUUGAUAUGGAAAAUGAAUUUCUAUUACCACCUGUCUUUGGGGAAGAAUAUGAAGAGCAGCCCCGACCUCGAUCUAAAAAGAAGGGAGCAAAGAGAAAAGCUGUAUCUGGAUACCAGUCACAUGAUGAUAGUUCUGACAAUUCAGAGUGCAGCUUUCCCUUUAAAUAUACAUAUGGUGUAAAUGCAUGGAAACACUGGGUUAAAACUAGGCAACUUGAUGAAGACCUACUAGUAUCAGAUGAACUAAAAUCCACUAAGUCAGUAAAGUUAAAAGAGGAUCUACUAUCUCACACUACAGCUGAACUUAAUUAUGGCUUAGCCCAUUUUGUAAAAGAAAUUCGAAGGCCAAAUGGAGAGAACUAUGCACCUGACAGCAUCUAUUAUCUUUGCCUUGGCAUCCAAGAGUACUUGUGUGGUAGUAAUCGAAAAGACAACAUAUUUAUUGAUCCAGGUUAUCAAACAUUUGAACAAGAAUUAAGCAAAAUUCUUAGAAGUUGGCAACCAAGUAUACUUCCAGAUGGGUCAAUUUUUUCUCGUGUUGAAGAAGAUUAUCUCUGGAGGAUUAAACAGCUAGGAUCUCACUCUCCAGUGGCUCUUCUGAAUACACUGUUCUACUUUAACACUAAAUAUUUUGGCCUGAAAACAGUGGAGCAACAUUUAAGACUUUCCUUUGGCACUGUGUUUAGGCAAUGGAAAAAAAAUUCUGUAACAAUGGAAAACAAAGCAUGUCUUCGAUACCAAGUGUCUUCCUUGUGUGGAGCUGAUAGUGAAGAUAAAAUUACUACUGGAAAGAGAAAACAUGAAGAUGAUGAGCCAGUAUUUGAACAAAUUGAAAACACAGCCAAUCCUUCUAGAUGUCCUGUGAAAAUGUAUGAAUGCUACUUAUCAAAAAGUCCACAGAAUCUUAAUCAAAGAACGGAUGUUUUUUAUUUACAACCAGAAUGUUCGAGUUCAACAGAUAGUCCUGUUUGGUACACUUCUAAUUCACUGGACCGAAACACAUUGGAAAAUAUGCUUGUACGGGUUCUUUUAGUAAAAGAUAUUUAUGAUAAAGACAAUUCUGAACUGGAUGAAGACACGGAUUAAAAUAAACUUUUCAAAAGCAGUUGGUAUAAAACAGCAUUAGAUAGUCAUGCUGCUAGAUCUUUAUUAUGGAAAACAUUUCAAGUUUACUCCUUCUGUUUUGAGUUUUGUAGCAGUGUACCCACACUGGGUAUUACCAUGUAAAUAAUCUGUGAGUGAAAGUUGCCAUUAUUCUAUGUAGUGGUUUUAGGAUACUUAACAAACACAUUCAAAUUCAUUUUUUUUUAUUAUUUAUUUGAUUAGGUAUGUUUGUAACUUUUUACAUUACAAAAUAUGAAUGAGAAUGUGCCAUGUGUAAUUUCUUUUCUUGUAGUAAGAAACAUCCAUAUUGCACAACUCCACUGUCGCCACACUUCCUUGGAAGAGGGGGGUACUCCUUUACUGGGUUCUUGACCCCGAUGGUUGUGUAUGGGUUAGCACUACUAAAGUUUAGAACUUGCAGUGUCUUUCAGAAUUUUUAAAUAAACUGUAAACUUAAUAGUUUUUUUUUUUAACUUUUUAGUUUCUGAAGCCUUACAGGGCUAUGUAGAGAGAGAUUCCAUCUUCUGUACCAAAAAUAGACAAAAGAAUGCUGUCAAUAUUGGUGUACUGUAAUGUGAAUCUAUACUGGUGAAAACAACUCUUUUGUUCCCCUCAUUAAAACCUUAGUGUCCUUUCCUCAUUUGUGACUUUCUGCAUCGCCCCAAUAAAUAAAAUAUAUACAUUGACUAUAAGUUUAAAGCACAUACUCAUCAAGACAUUUACUUUGUUAAAAAUGUCUGAUGAAAUUGCUAUAAUUGUCUUUUCUGUUUUCACUAGCCAACCAUGAGUACCCGAAUAUACUUAGCAUUCUAUUGUAGGGUUAUUUUUUUGCCCAUAGUAAAUGGACCACAAUGCAGUAUUAUCUGAAAUAACAAUCUCGAGUUCAUUUAUCUACACCCCAAAAAUAACCAAUGAGAUCUUGGAUAGUUAUUUUAAGGAAUACAACUUCAGAAGCAGUAGUUAAUGGAAACUGAACUCGUGUAAAUAAGAUGGUUUCAAAUUUUUACUACAAAAAUUUCCAGUGUGUUAAAUCUGAUACUUUGGAUGCUUAAUGUUAGUACAAGUCAUUAGUGUCUAGAAUUCAAAUAUUUAAUAGAGAACAAAGAAAGAAAGUAAUGAUUAAGGUGUAUCUCAGUGGGAAUCAUAUCUGCUGUUAGAUUCUUUUAAAAUUCAAAUUACUUCUUAUAGAAGAUUGCAUUAAGACUUUGUGCUUCUGCGUAGCAAUUUAUACUUUUAAGAGCCUUUCUUUGAAGAGAAGAAAGUUCACCUAAAAUUGUACUUUUCCAGGAUACUGAGAAAAAUGUUAGUUGCAGGUCAUUAGUAUGAAAAACAAGGCUAAUUUUGUAGCAUGUGUGUGGUAAUCUUUACAAUUAAUGAAACAUGAUAAGUAGUGUAGAUUAUUAUUGGUGGGAAAAUCAAGCUUAUUCUCCAAGAUGCCCAAGAAAUUACAACUAUAUUCCUAGGAUAUUCUGCCCAAUUUUGUCAGAAAAAUAUUUAGUACACCUAACAUCAGUUAGCAAAAACGUUCAUAGAUACAAUGAUAAUAUAUGCUUCAAGCAUUAAUUAUUUGAAUUGUUUUGGGCAUAUGAAAAUUACUUUGUAAUGCUCCAUGUCCUUGAGAUUUUUAAUAAGUCUCAAUAACUUUUCUAUUCCUUAAUGUAUUUUAUAUUUGUUGGUUUAAAAAAAAUCAGGUUGCCAGUAGCAACUCAUGAUACUGGUUAUCUAAAAUAGAUCACUACUUUUCUAUUUAGCUUGAUUAAACAGGUCCAAAUUUAUAAUUUUUAAGUGUCUCAAUCUUUUCCCAUUUUCCAGAAUGCUAAUCAUAAUCAGGUUUUUUCAAAAACUUAUGUUUUAGCUACAUAUUGAUGACAUUAGAAAGUAGUUGAUAAAAAUAUUCUUUUAUUCCACAUAAUGGUGCUAAUAAUCUAUCAAGGGCAAUAAUGCUUUUUCCAGAUGUCAUCUAACAUGUAGUUAACCAAGUAUAAAUAACUAGCAUAUCAAAGAAGGCUCUGCCUUACUGAUAAUUUACUUUAACCCUUGUCUCAAAAUCUUAAUAAUGAUUCAAAUACCUAUUUUCUGAAUUAGCAAUAUAAUUUCAGACCUUGACUCAAUUCAGGAUUUAAAUUCUAAACUUAUUUUAGCCCAGCAUUUGUUUGGUUCAUUUUCCAAAAUUAACUCAUUGUAAUAUGAAAGGUUUACUACUAGUCUGAGGCUCUUCCUUCUUCCCAAUCUCAUUUCCAUUCAUUCCUGGAUUGUUGUUUUUGUAGUUUUAGAUGCCAGUGGGGACAUAGUUCUCUAUUGUUCCUUGGUGAUUUUUGAAUGUAGGGUCUAGUAAAUGUAACUUUGCAUUGUCUUUAAUAUGCUGGGCUGUGAGAGCUGCUAGGUUUUUCUUUAUGUUGGGGAUGGGAUGGGGAACUUGUUAAAAAGAAUAUAUUUUGCCAUUAUUGAGUACCAGGUUAUCCUCUCCAUAUUACAUUAACGGUUUCCUUAGAUAACUGAAGUCUCCGUAACUCAUUGCUUUUAAGUUUAAAAAAAACAAAACAAAACAAAAAAACAGAAGUCAGGCAGAUACUAUAAAGGGGUUGGUUUGGUAAGGUAAGAAGUUUAAUAUCUUUUUCACUAUAAUAAUACUCAUAUUUAAAUAGUUUUUUAUCUGUAAGUUGCAAGACCUAAUGGUUUCCUUUUAUUAAAAAGUUGUUACUAAUUUACUUGGUGUUAAAUGGUGAAAUUCUGGAAUGGGAAGAAGAUGCAUAUUGUAUUGUGCAUUUGGAUGUUUUCAGUAUUUUGCUGGCAAUUACUGGGAUUGGAUUUUUAGAAGUUUAUAUAGCAUUAAAAAAAAUAAAUAGAAAAGCUAUUCCCAAAUUGAGAAAGUUUAGAUUAUUUUAUUUAUCAAUGCACUGGGCCUAGUUCAAGUUUUUUUUUUUUUAAUCACUGUCUAAAACUUAAAAGCAUUUAUUAAGGUAGAUAAAUUUCUUUAUCUAAAGUAUUGUUACAAGUAUGUCUAUUAACUCCUGCUUCCAGUAAGUCAGCAUUGCCCAUGAGGCAUUCCCUUUCAUCCUUAAGUAUAUAAACAUUUUGAAAACAAGCAUGAACUUUUUUUGGUUUUGUUUUCAAGAAUCAAUUUCCCUCCCUUAAUUAAAAUUUUCAUCCUGAAUUUUUCACUUAAUACUCUUGUCCUUUUGUUUCCUAGAUGAUUCUUUAUAUUUCACCAUCUCUCUCUUUCAUUGUUCUUUUGCUCUCAAUGAAAACCUAAAAAAGAGGUAAGAGAGAUGAAAUUUUAAUAGUAUUAAAGCUUUCAUUUUUCUCCUUUAAUUCCUAGCAAUGACCUUCUUUUUUAAACUCUUAAGCUGUCGCAAACAACCAAUACACAAAGAAGUGGAACCUACCAGCUUUUCUUAGCUUCUUGUUAAGAUACAUGUCCCAUCACAUACAAAUUUUUAAAUGUUGAUCAUUAUGAUGCCUAAAUAUUUAAAAUCUACCUCUCAAAAUCAUAAACACAAGAAUUGGCUUAUAGUACCUUAAUGCUGAGCGAAUUUAUUAAAGAAAGACUCCUACUAGCUUCUAUAUCAGUUGGUAUUCAAAAAGGUCCAAGAAUAUCAGCUCUGGCUAUAUAAAGUAUGUCCUGAAGAUGUCUGUAUGUCUAGUUCCUUAGUAAAGUAUUCUAUACUAUCUAAAAUAAUUCUUGAAAUCAAUUUUUGAGGGGAAACUUGACCAAAGAAAAUGUUUAUCAUGUAGGUAAUAAGAUAAUAAUAAGAUGGGACCCAGGAGAAUAGCAAGAUAUAAUAAUGAAAAACAAAUUUUGUCCUCUGGAUUUGUAUUCAGAUUUCAGUUCCUACUCAUUGUGGAUAUUGAAAAACUUAAAUCUUAGAUAUAUAGGCAGUUAACCCUUUUGGGUGAAAUCAAGUUGAUUCAUGACAUUUUUAUUAAAUGAUAAUUGCUGGUUACUCCUAUUGGAAGAUAUCAGAUUUACAACAACUUUUUAAAGUGAUUUGUGAAACUGCACAUAAGAUAUUGUUCCUACACAAAAAAAAAUCCUUGUGGUUUUAAUAUAAAUUUAUUUUAUUUGGAUAUUAGAAGUAUAUUUCCAAAAAUACCACCGACCUUUUAAUUCUUUCAAAUAAAUAUGUAUAGGAGCUAAUUUUGAAGUAUCUGUAUGGAAUAUUCUUAAAUACAAGUAAAUCCAAAACAUGGAAACUCACUAACAGUUGUUUUAUCAGUAAACAUUUAUUAAACAUGCCCAAUAUAUCACUAGCAUCUUGCAGGACUAAGGAAAGAAGAAACCUGGAAAAGAGUAGAACUUUCUAAUAUGGGAACUUCAUUUUAUACUAGAAUUGAGCAGGCUUUCUCUCUGCCCUCCCAGCCAUUAAAAAUGCUGUUAUGUUACUAAUUUUACUCUUUUCAAAAAAUGGUCUGGUUCUAAUAGUGGUGCCAAUUGGCCUCAAUCCAGUAGGAAUCAUUAAAAAAAUAAGACAUGGAAGGGUACACAAGAGGUUUGUGACCCAAAAAAGGUAGCUCUUCAUGCCUAGAGACUGUUUAAUAGAUUUAUGGUAGGUAGUGCAAUUUCUUGCUAAUCUAGGGUUUCCUCUUCUUACUCCAACUUUUUUUAAAAUACCCUGGAACAUCUAAACUACAUAGAGGGUUUUGUUUCUAUUGGAAAUUUCUCAGUAUGCAAAUGGAAAAUUGGGGUCAAUGUAAAUGUCUUGGACAACUUUUCAGGGACACUUAUUUUGUAAAUAAAGUAAUAGCUGUUAUUUUGA